AGAGUAACAGCCAAGAGUGUGGGGCUGCCGCACGUGGGGUGCGGGCUUAGGGUGCAAAGAAGGCGGUGGCGCGUGGUUAGGUCAGCGGUACGCUCGUGCGUCCCCUGCACAGGGGCGUUGGGUUGGGUUUUGGGUGCGGAAGGAGUCGGUGCUGUGUGGAGUGGCCAAGGUUCCCGCUGCCGCAUCCCGGUGUGUCCCGGGGUGACCUGUCACCCGGAGUAGUCUCGGAGUCGCAGCUCGCUGUGGCAAUAUGAAUCUCUUACCUAAAAGCUCCAAGGAGUUUGCCUCUGUUGACUACUGGGAGAAGUUCUUCCAGCAGCGAGGAAAGAAAGCGUUCGAGUGGUAUGGGACCUACCUGAAGCUGUGCGAGGUGCUGCACAAGUACAUCAAACCCAGGGAAAAGGUGCUUGUCAUUGGAUGUGGCAACUCCGAGCUAAGUGAACAACUGUAUGACGUGGGCUAUCAGGAUAUAGUGAAUAUUGACAUCAGCGAGGUUGUCAUCAAGCAAAUGAACGAACGCAAUGCCGGCCGGCGGCCCCACAUGAGUUUCCUGAAGAUGGACAUGACACAGAUGGAGUUUCCUGACGCUGCAUUCCAGGUGGUGUUGGACAAGGGCACACUGGACGCCAUCCUGACGGACGAGGAGGAGAAGACCCUGCAGCAGGUGGACAGGAUGCUGGCUGAGGUUGGCCGUGUCCUGCAGGUGGGCGGUCGCUACCUCUGCAUCUCCCUGGCUCAGGCUCACAUCCUGAAGAAAGCAGUGGGUCACUUCUCUCGGGAGGGGUGGAUGGUGAGGGUACACGAAGUGGCCAGCAGCCGGGAGCAGGUGUUUGAAGCAGAGCCUCAGUUCUCCCUGCCUGUCUUUGCCUUCGUCAUGACCAAGUUCAGGCCAGUCCCUGGCUCUGCCCUUCAGAUCUUUGAGCUGUGCACUCAGGAGCAGGGCAAGCCUGUCCGACUGGAGAGUGCCGAUCGGCUGGCCGAGGCUGUGAGGGAGCGGCAGCACUAUGCCUGGCUGUGCAGCCAGCUGCGCCGCAAGGCCCGGCUGGGGAGUGUGUCUCUGGACUUGUGCAGUGGGGACACUGGGGAGCCACGCUACACCCUCCAUGUGGUGGACAACCCCGCUGUGAAACCAUCGCGGGACAGUCAUUUUGCCAUUUUCAUCAUCCCCCAGGGUCGAGAGACUGAGUGGCUGUUUGGCAUGGAGGAGGGCCGGAAGCAGCUGGCAGCCAGUGCCGGCUUCAGGAGGUUGGUCACAGUGGCUCUUCAUCGAGGCCAGCAGUAUGACAGCAUGGAAAGCAUCCAAGCAGAGCUGUCCACCAGGGUGAUGGAGCUGGCCCCCACCGGGAUGCCUCCCCAGCAGCAGGUGCCCUUCCUGUCUGUGGGUGGGGACAUUGGGGUCCGGACUGUUAAACACCAAGACCACAGUGCCUUGAGUGGUGAGUAUGUUAUUGAGGAUGUGCAAGGGGAAGACAGGCGGUACUUCCGGCGGCUCAUCUUCCUCAGCAACAGGAACGUGGUGCAAUCGGAAGCCAGGCUGCUGAAGGACGUGUCUCACAGAGCCCAGAAGAAACGGAAAAAGGACAAGAAGAAACAGCGACCUGCCGGUACUUCCGAGGACUUCCCCCCUGCCCCAGGGCAGUCCAUUGAUAAAAGUUACCUCUGCUGUGAACACCAUAAAGCCAUGAUUGCUGGCCUGGCCCUGCUGAGAAAUCCAGAGCUGCUCCUAGAGACUCCACUGACACUGUUGGUGGUGGGCCUGGGUGGAGGUAGCCUCCCCCUCUUCAUUCACGAUCACUUCCCAAAGUCCCGCAUCGAUGCUGUUGAGAUCGACCCCUCCAUGUUGGAAGUGGCUACCCAGUGGUUUGGCUUCUCACAGAGUGACCGGAUGAAGGUUCACAUUGCAGAUGGCCUGGACUACAUUACCAGCCUGGCAGGAGGAGAAGCACGACCUCACUAUGAUGUGAUAAUGUUUGAUGUAGACAGUAAGGAUCCAACCCUGGGAAUGAGUUGUCCUCCCCCAGCAUUUGUGGACGAACUUUUUCUGCAGAAGGUCAAAAGCAUCCUGUCUCAUGAAGGUAUUUUUAUCCUUAACCUUGUGUGCCGUGACUUGGGGUUGAAGGACUCAGUGCUGGCUGGACUCAAGGCAGCCUUCCCUCUCCUCUAUGUCCGGCGAAUUGAGGGCGAAGUGAAUGAGAUCCUCUUUUGUCAGCUGCAUUCAGAAGAAAAACUUGCUACACCAGAGCUCCUGGAAAGGGCUCAGGCUUUGGAGAGGACCCUAAGGAAGCCUGGUCAGGGUUGGGAUGACACGUAUGCCCUGUCGGAUAUGCUGAAGACUGUGAAGAUUGUGUGAUCCCUGGGGCCAGGCAGUUCUCUGCUUUCUGUCCAAACUGACUUGAACCCCGGGGCUGCUGGAGGCUGAAGUAUGAUGCACAGUGUUUUUAGAACUCAUGUUUUUCUUGGUUGCACUCUCAGCUCUACUUGAUUCUCACCUUUUAGGAUGGGGGCAGAACCUGAGGUGAUUGGUUUAAUUUUUUUUUUUAAAGUCUGGUUAUGGAAAAACAGUAGGAUUGGUCACCUCUGCUUCUGGAGGCUGAGGGAGGUCCAAGCAAAGAAGUUACAGUUGGUCAUUGUGGCAUUGUGGAUCUUCAGUGUCUGCCCAAAGGUCACAUGUUGAAAGCUGGCUCCCCAGCCCCUGUGGCCCCUUUGGAAGGGGACUUUUUGGAGAGGCUUUGUAGAAGGAAAUUGGGUCACUGGUGUGCCCUUGAAGGGGCUGUUGGCCACUGGCCUUUCUCUUUGCUUUUUGGCUGCUGUCAAGCAAAGAGCUCAUCCCAUCGUACCUUCCCCUCCAUGAUGCCUUGCUUCACCACAGGUCCAGGGACAAGGGGUCUGCCCACUGGUAUCCUGGGGCCUCUCGAAUAAACCUUUCUUCCUUGCAAGUUGGUUCAUCUCAAGUAUUUUUGUAGCAACUGAAAGCUAAGAGUCAGUUUUCAGCUUCGUUUCCUAUACAAAGGAAAUUUACACACCACUGAAGACCAAUAUGUUUUCCAGCUGCUAGCCUUUCACUCAUUCCUUCAUCUGACUCCUUGAACACUUGCCAGCUUCUGCAGAGAAGGUUUUAUGUAUAUAGAGUCACUUCCAUACGUCCCAUCUUUCCCUCUAAAGAACGAUUUCUUUUGCAUUAAUGUCAGUCAAAUGAUGUUGCCAUGUAUAGAUUGCCAGAAAGGUGUCCCCAGUGUGGCUAGGUUUUUUUUUUUGUGAUGAUCCAUAAAUUCCACAUAUGUGUAUGAGGGUUGUGUGUUAAAGUGUUGGCCAAUCACAACACAUUUUGGAGACAUUUAACCUGUGAGCCGGAAAGUUUCAUCUUGGAUCUAAGAGAUCCUGUAGAAGUGCAUGAAAAGCCCACAGAAGGAUGAGAUUGCCAUAGUCUCCACCACACAAGUUCUGUGGCCAUGUGAAACAGUUAAAGUGGACUAUUGCCUCGUAUCCCUCACCGACACCAGUUCUUCAGUGUGCCAGUCUCUCACAUCUUCACUUGCUAUCUGGGUGACUGCCCUCGCCUGUCUUGUAUGAGUAUAGCAACAGUUCUUAUCCUUACUGCACAUUGGCUUGACAUAGUAAGCAGGAUCAUGCUCCCCCAAAGACGGCCGGCUGUGCAGUCGGAAUGUGGAACAGCCUGCUGUAAUGGGGAAUUGAUGUAGCAGGUGGGUUUGAUGACAGAUAAUUUUAAAUGUGAAUGUUAUUUUGGACUAUUGAGGUGAGCCCAGUGGCAUCAUGAGGGUUUUAAAUGGUAGAAUGAGGCAGCAAAGUGAAACAAUGUAAGGAAUACUACAUUGGUCAUUACUGGCCUGGAAGAUGAAAGGAGGCCAGUAGCCAAGGAAUGCUAUUGACCUCUAGAAGCUAGGAAAUGUAAGAAAACUAUCAAGUGUUUCUAAGAAUGAAGCCCUGUGCCCUUCUGUCUCUGGCAUUACUGCAUGCAACUCUGCCAACAACUCAGUUUAGCCAGUGAGAUCCUUUUUUUUUUUUUUUAAUUUUUGAAUUACAGGCUACAAGGUAAUGUUUGGGUUAAUCUAAGCUUGACGUAGUAUGUUACAGGCAGCCCCAGGAAGCUUAUCUGGGUAUCGUUAAAAGUCACUGAGGUUGAAGACUUCGUCUCUGAUUGGACACAGUCUGAGGGAACCAGGAAUGAGUUGCCACAGUGGCCAGCAGCUGUACUGGCUUGUUUUGUGUCAACACAUGCUAAGAGUCAUUAGAGGGAAAGGAGCCUUAGUUGAGGAAAUGCCUCCAUUAAAUCCAGCUGUAAGGCAUUUUCUCAAUUAAUGAUCAAUGGGGGGAGGGCCCAGCACAGUGUGGAUGAUGUCAUCCCUGGGCUGGUGGUUCUGGGUUCUAUAAGGAAGCAGGCUGAGCAAGCCAGUAAGCAGCACCCCUUCAAGGCCUCUACAUCAGUUCCUAUCUCCAAGUUCCUGCCCUGUUUGAGUUCCUGUCCUGACUUCCUUUGGUGGUGAACAGCAAUGUGAAAAUUUAAACUGACUAAAACCCUUUCCUCCCCAACUUGAUUUUUGGUCAGGGUAUUUUGCUGCAGCAGUAGAAAUCCUAACCAAGAUAGCAGCUUAGUUCAGCCAAGUUCAGCUAACACUUGGUAAUUGGUGAAUGUUCCUGUCUCUUGCUAGCCAAGUUCUCAGUUUUACCCCAAGUAGAUGUCCUUUGAGUCAGCUAAGGACACAAGCAGAGUGGAGCGUAUUGUAGAUAGUGGUUUCCUCUGUGAAGCUCCCUGUCCCAGUGUGACUGCAUAUCCCAGUUUGCUUACUAGAGAGUUAGGCUUCUAGCAAACUGCUGUUAGUCCAGUUUCUCUCUGGUAGCACCUUGCUGAUUGGUUCUUACAUAUUUGUUAAAUCAUCAAUAAAAAAAAAU